AAAAAAAAUAAAUAAAUUCUUCUUCUUCUCUUUUUAAAAUUUCUUCAAUUUCUUCCGUAUUUUUCCUCUAAUAAAAUUCAUAAAAUUUCUCUUUAUAUAUUCUAAUUCCUUUUUAAAUACAAGAAAGUCUUCUUUAUAAAAUAUCUUCGCUUUCUCUCCAAAAAAAUACUAUUUUUUUACCCAAAUCCCUUUAUUUUUCCUUUUAUUCUUCCGCAUUUCUUAAAAAACUCAAUUAAAUUAAAUAUAAAUCUUUUGGAUCUUCUUAAAUUCUUUUAUAUCCACUUUUUGGUGUACUCUAAUUGAAAACUUAAGCCACUAAUCCACUUUUUCUGGACGUAAUAAAGUUUAUACUGGCCAAAUUUUUCUUCAAAUUUCGUAUUUCAUCCAGAAUUUUAUCCAAAGCAAUUUUAGUAUCUUACAAAUUCUACACUAAGAGCUCCUUUAAGAUAUUAUUUUAGAUAAAAAAUGCAAAUUUAGAUACAUUUAUAGAAUGUUAGAAAGAAAUUUAGUCUAAAGUUUCAAAAGAAGUUACUAAAUCUUAAAAUAGAUCAUUUUUUUAUUAGACUAGAUUUAUUUUAGGUACUAAAGUAUUUGAAUAAGCCAAUUCUUAUUGAAGUUUUCUUUAAAAAUAAUUUAUUAAAUUUUAUAAAAUUUAUUCCGAAAAAUUUAAUUUUUUAAAAAUUUCUGAAAAAAUCCUUUCAAUUAAAGAACGUUAAAAAUUCAAAAAAACAGCCCGAAAUUCGUCCCAUUCUUUUAAAUUUUGUAAGUUUUUCCUUUUUCUAUCUAUAGAAGUUUAAUUUAUCAUUUCAUAUUCAGAAAUGAGUCCAUAUUUUUAUUCUUAAAAUGUAAAUUCUUAUAUUAAAUUUUCUUUAUUUUCCAUAUUUUAUUUACUUGAUUCUAUGUUUUCCUAUUUAUUACUUACUUCCAUAUUUUCUAUAUUAAAAUUUUAAAUUGUUUAUUCUUUUAAAGAUUUUUAAUAUUCCAAUGGUUCAAAAUCUUUUAUUGGACUUGGUUAUUUUAUUAUAUUUUAGUUUGAAAUAUAUUAUAUUUAUAGGUCUUCUUAUGUAUCGAAG